AUGUGUUUGCUGAUUUUAUACAUCCUGUUUAAUAGUAAUGUGUGGGAGGCAACCGUGGAUUUGAUUUCUGAAGAAAGUGGCAAAAGCCUGAAGAAACUUCGUCCGCAUUAUCAUUUUGAAACAAAAUCGCUACCUGAUCACAAACGAAAAUCACCUCAAGAACUUAGGUUUCACUCCAAACCAAUACGGAGCGAGGAAACCAGUGAAUUAAAUCGAGAACUCGGAAUUUGUCCCAGGAGGAAAAAUGUUGUUAUUUUAAGUCAAGGGAGGGGGGGGUCUUCGUUCCUUGGAGGAAUUUUCAACUGUCAUCCUCAAGUCAUGUACUGGUUCGAACCUCUAUUUCAUGUCGGCAAUGUUUUGAAUGUGAACGUGUUUAUGGAAAAGGAGCCAAUUUCAUACAAAGAUACUUGUUUUCAUUUAGUCGACAGUAUUUUGAGUUGUGACUUUAGUAAUAUCACCAAUGCAGUUUUAUCAGACAUUUCUACCAGUUCUUUCCGUCGUCACAGCCAAGCCCUCACUAGUGAUAAAUUAUGCCCCGGUAAAAAAACCUCUGGAAAGUGUGCACCAUUGACAAACUCUUUGCUUGGUCAGGUUUGUAAUUCUUAUAAGUAUUCUGUUAUCAAGAUUUUGAGUGGACGAUUACCAAACAACUCGCUAAAGAGCUUUCAGGAACAUUUCGUCCAACAGAACAAAUACGAUGUGAAAUUCAUCAGCUUGGUUCGCGAUCCUAGAGCUGUGGUGUUUUCUUGGGUAAAGUUGAAUUGGAUACAGGGCCACUCAAAUGCGGAAUUUCGUUCAAAUGUCCACAGGAUUUGUGAUUCAGUAAAAAAAAAUGUGCUGAUUGGCUUGUUGUCUCCCACGCCCUGGCAUAGAAACCGCUUCAAAGUAAUACGCUUCGAAGAUCUUGCAAUCGAUACCUCAAAUGUUGCACGAGAAAUAUACAAAUUCGUGGGACUUGAUUGGUCAGUGAGCGUGGAUAAAUGGAUAAAUGAUCACAGGAGGAGGAAGGGUGAAAAGAACCCGUAUUCACUGUUCAAGAAUGCUUCAACUGCUAUUAGCAAAUGGAAGAGAGAAGCUCCUGAAGAGCUCAUCAAAGGUGUUGAGGACGUUUGUGGUGGCUUAAUGAAUAUUAUGGGUUACAAAAAAUGGUGUAAAGCUGAUCGUGACAGAUAAAAUUAUUACAAGUUAUUUUCAACCAAACAAUGUUGUCGUGUGACUUUUCAACGCAAUGUUAUUGGCGAGCAAUAUUUCCAAAUCACUUUCCGUUCAGCUGGAUUGCAAAGUAAGAACUGAAAAUAGAUUAUUUUUAAUCUGUGACACAGAUGUUACAGUUUGUUUUUUUCAUAUGUGGUUUUAAAGCAAGUUCCUGUCUAUGAUUUCUAUCACAUGAGCGACAUCUGCCGGCUUUGGUUAAAAAAAGAAAAUUCUUAGAAAUCAUAACUAGAGCGCCGGUUUCAUUUGAACCUGAAACUCCCUGUAAGAAUUGGAAGUCAAAACAUCUGUAGCAGUAUGAGUGUUGCAGAAAGUUAAAUUAUUUAUGUAGAGUGACAUUUGUUGGGAGGGUGUGUGCUGGUGUGAGUUGAUGUAACGCUUCCAUAUCUUUUAUUGUGAACCGUCCAUUUGUUUACAAAAAUAAUGUAAAAAUGAAGAGACAUAUUGAUAUUAGUGAUGUUGAUCGAUAGUUAGUCGUUAUCGACUAAAUGCUUUAGUCAGAAAAGCAAUGUCUGUUAGUCGUUAUGGAUUCUCUUGAUAUGGCGAGAUAAUUUUUUAUCCCUCAAGUCGUGAAUUGUGACAUUUUUAAGGAUGUGAAGAGAGUUGGAAAACGAAUCACAACUCACAACCCCCCACCCCACCCCUGCAUAGCGAGGAAUAACUCAACAGUAACCUUGACUGAUUCGUAUUUUUCGUUUUAAAAAUAACUCUAAUGGUCUGGAGAUGACGUGAACACGUCUUUAACGACUUUGAUACGGAAUUGUGGACAGAUCAGACAACAACCGAUGGUUUCUGGCAAAAGGAAGUAAAAGAUAUUUUCAAACGUGACUUUGUAUUCCUAGAAUUACAUGUAAUUCAAAGAUUCAAACAUAUCAAGUGUCUUGAUAAACCUCAGUAAGGAGAUUACUUAAGGCCUCGGUCAUUCCGGGAAAAUUCCCAGCGUUAUUGUUUUUAUAAUUAGUAAACUAAUUCAUUAUUUGAUCGAUAAUUAAAUGAAGCAUUAUCCUAGACUUCAUUUUUUUUUGUUAGUAGACUAAAUCAUUUGAUCGACAAUUAAAUGAAGCAUUAUCUUGGA